AUGAAUCCUUAUCUUAAUCCUUAUGUAGCGAAACCUAAUCGCUACCAAAAUAAUGCCAGUUAUAAGAUUCGUCCAGUAUCAGUGCAAAGUCGACCAGUAACAAUUAAUAAACAACAAUAUAAUUUCAAUAAAAAGAUUGCUACCGGUCAAUUUAGUUCUGUUUAUGCAGCAUAUCGUCGUUCAGAUAACAAACCAGUUGCUAUUAAAAUUAUACCCGCAGCAACAAAACAUAGUACAGAAGCAGCGAAUGUGAUGCACUUAUUUCUUAAUGAAAUUCAAAUGGCAAAACGUUUAGCAACAACAUCAAAUCAUAUUAUACAUAUAUAUGAUUUUGAUUUCGAUCAACGUACAGGUUUAUCAUUUAUUAUAAUGGAACUUGGUCAACAAGAUUUAGAAAAAUAUCUUUCACAACGAAAUGCAUUAACACCCGAUGAAAGAAAAUCAAUAUGGCGACAAUUAGUUAAUAUUGCCAUUACUCUUUAUAAUCAUAGAAUUAUGCAUCUCAAUAUCUCACCAGAAAAUCUUGUUUUAUUUCCUGGUAAUUUAGUUAAAUUAGGUGAUUUUGGUAUGGCUCGAAAGUUUCAACAAUCCAGAACGAAGUCGCUCGGUAAUCCAGUAUAUUUAGCACCUGAAUUAAAUUCACCUUAUCAUAAGCCAACGCCUACAGCAAAAGCAGAUAUAUGGUCAUUUGGUGCUAUUCUUUAUCGUAUGACUUAUUUGAUGCCACCUCAUCACAAUUCUCCAUUUUUUCGACCUCCGUUAAAUCAACGUUCUACUAAUGAUCCAAAUCUUCUUAAUAUACUUCAACAUACACUAGUCAUUGAUCCAAAUGCAAGACCCGAUGCAUUAUGGUUAGCUACACAUCCUUAUACAAAGACAUAUUAA